AUCGGGGUCUCCUUCCCCUCCUCCGGUUGUCCGGUCCCCCAGAAACCGUGUCCUUCCGUCGUGACAGCUCCCGACCUUCUGGCGGUCUUCCCCUCUCGUAGUCGGCGCGAAUCCCGAGGUGGAGGAGGAAGAGGUAGAGGGGGCGGGCCCCAUCAUCCAUGAGCCUUGCGGGCUCCGCGCUGGAGGCAGCGCUACUGGCGGUGGGGCGCGGCCUCGACGCAGCUGGAGACCACCGGCUGCUUUACUGCAAGGGAGACGGAAGGCUCGUCGCGCUCGAGGACCGUGCGCGGGACCUCCCGCUCCCCGACGGCGGCGUCCUCCCGAGCGUGCCCCACGACGUCGAGGUCGAGCAGUGCCGCAGAGACCUCGAGCGCAUCCGCCCCUUCCCGUCCGGGUCCGGCCCAAGCUCCGCCGCAGCGGACGGUCCCUUUGUCUGCAGCUUCGAUAAGAUGGCUGAGUAUUUCAACAGGAAGUCAUGUUUGUCCGAGACAGUACCGCUGGGUUCCUUCAACUCUCUCUUCAGCUUCACCGGUUCUUGGAAGAAUGAUGCGGCGACCACGAAGGCCCUUGCGAUUGAUGGCUAUUCUCUGCCUCUGUUUCGAGUUAAAAUUAGGAAUUCUGAACUGACGCUGCUUGAGAGCGUUAAGCGAAGGAUCCCAAAUGUUUGGGAUCCAUCAGCAUUGGCAAGCUUUAUUGAGAACUAUGGUACCCAUAUUAUUAUCUCUGUUACGGUUGGUGGUAAGGAUGAGGUAUACAUUAAGCAGCAUUCAUUGUCCCAAUUGUCAGAGCUGGAGUUCAAAAAUUAUGCGAGGGAAAUUGGGAGGGAAAGAUUUGCAGAUGUGGAAAAUAAGUCAAAUGCAUCUUCUAUCAAUUACAGUGAGAAGGAUAUGACAGUAAUAUUCAGAAGGAGGGGUGGUUGCGACCUUGUUCAAAGUUUUAGUGAUUGGAGAGGAACUGUUGCCUCAGCACCAGAUGUCAUAGGCAUCACCUUUCUAUCAAUUGUCUCUCUUGUUGACGAUAUACCAGGAAAGAAGCACCUUGCUCGUGCAGUUGAGCUAUACUUGACCUACAAACCUCCAAUUGAAGAAUUACAGUACUUCUUAGAUUUUCGAGUCCCACUAGUUUGGGCUCCAGCUCCACCAGGUAUUGCUGGUCACCAUAGGAAAGAACCAGUCUGCCCAUCGCUUCAGUUUAGCUUAAUGGGCCCAAAGCUCUUCAUUAGCACAGAACAGAUCUCUGUUGGCCGUCGACCAGUUGUUGGCCUCAAACUGAUUUUGGAAGGAGCCAAACAGAAUCGUCUGGCUAUUCAUUUGCAGCACCUUGGCUCAUUACCAAAAAUAUUCCUACCUCAUUGGGACUCCUAUAUUACUAUUGGACCUCCAAAAUGGCAAGGUCCUGAAGAACAGGACAGCCGAUGGUUUGAGCCAAUCAAAUGGAAGAACUUUGCUCAUGUUAGCACAGCACCCAUAGAGUACACUGAAACAAAUAUUACGGACCUAUCUGGUGUUUAUAUUGUUACAGGAGCACAGUUGGGAGUGUGGGAUUUUGGUGCAAAGAGUGUUCUCCACCUUAAACUUUUGUUCUCCAGGGUUCCUGGGUGCACAAUUAGAAGAUCAGUGUGGGACCACAGCCCAUCAAGUUCCUCGGUACAUAGAACAGAUGAAUCUUCGUCAUCCUCAAGUGAUAAUGCUAAACUUCUGAAGAUCGUUGACCUGACAGAAACAUUCAAGGGCCCACAAGAUGCGCCUGGCCAUUGGCUGAUCACAGGUGCUAAGUUGGGUGUCGAGAAAGGCAGGAUUGUUGUGCGUGCAAAGUACUCCUUAUUGAAUUAUUAACCAAAUGUUUAAAUCAUUCAAUCACUCUGAUAUUGAGCACUGUGUUUUAAGGUAGCAUUUGUUCUUUUGUUUUUCA